AUGGUCGGCACCGGCCUUCCUGCCUGGGACCCGGCAGCCUUCACCAACGUGCUGGCGGCUGCGGGUAGGGCACGCAGGUGGCAGCAGGGCUUAGCUGCACUCCAGCUUGCGAAUCGAGAGGGAAGGACAAAUGUCAUCCACUUCAACGUGAUCCUUCGGAGUUGCCAGCAGGCGGAAGUUUGGGAAGCAGGCCUGAGUUUGCUUGGAAGCCUUCCCACGACCCGCAUCGACUCGGACGAGCUCACCUGGACCGCGGUGAUCACCAGUCUCAAGGCGGAUUGGAGACGUUCUUCACACCUUUUGCAGGUCGCCGUCCGACGCCAAACCGUGGACACCGUGACCUUCAGUGCCGCGGCCUCCGGCUUCGAAAGUGGCGGCCUUUGGCCUCGCUCCAUGGCUUUGCUUUCCGACGCCCGAAUUCGACGGGGGCUGCUGGAUGCUGUACUGGUCGGUACGGCCGCCAGCGCCUGCGACAAGGGUGGUGCAUGGGCGCAGUCCCUAGCACUUCUCAUCAGGGCCAGCGCCGGCCACGUAAGGUUGAGCGAUGUGUGCUUCAGUGCAUCAACGAGUGCGAGCUGUCGAUCUGGGCAGUGGGACGUUGCCCUGGGCCUGCUCUUGGAUUCUGUCUGGAAGGGCUUUCAGACGUCCGUGAUCAUUCUGAACUCCGCGGAAAGCGGUGUGGCGAAGGUCGGUUCAUGGUUGCGGGCUUUGUCUCUUCUGAGGACCUUCUCCAGCUGCCGCUUGGAGCCGGACACUGUGAGCCACAACGCCUGUCUCACUUCGCUAAAGCUGAGGGCUCGCUGGGAGAAGGCAUCGGCACUGCUCUCGGCCAUGGGGCAGAGCGCUGUGCCCGCGGGAGAUGUGAGCGUCAACGCAGCCCUGGCCGUCCUUGGGGAAGCAGGUCGCUGGCCUCUCGCUUUGACCUUGCUGCAGCACCCGCAGGCGAUGCUUUCCACGGACGGAAUCCGCUUGAGGGAGUCCUUGUCAAUCUGCAAGCAGGCUUCUUUCUGGGACUUGGCGCUCGACCUCCUGAAGUGGCAGGCCACCGCGCGGCUGCAGCCCAGCGCAGCUGGAAUCUGCAGUGUAGCACGUGCUUGUGAGCGUGCACGGCGGUGGCAGCAGAGCUUGCGGGUGUCACACUACCUUGUGGCUGAUGGCCAACGCAUCCUCACCACUGCGCAAGUGGCAGUCCUGUCGGCUGAGGAGCUGGUGCAAUCUGUGUGGCUUGGUGCGCAGCAGCUGCGCUGGGAUGACGACUGGCUGCCUGUGUCAGAGGCGCUUGCAUCGAAGCUAGGAGAGCUACCUUUGGAAGACCUGGCAACGGCCCUGUGGUCCUUCGGUUCCUUGGCAGCCGCUACACCCCGCUUCCUGCAGGCAGCUGCAAACGAGGCCGUUUGGAGGCUUCAAGGUGGUGCAUCGGCUUCUCCGAGAACUCUUGCAGAUCUUGCGUGGGGCUUUGCCACCCUCGGCUUUCCAGCGCCCCAGCUCAUGGAGCUGCUGCAACAGAGGCUGGUGAGGUGGGGCGCAGAGGACUAUGCAGGCUCGAAUAUCUCGAACUCCGAGCGCACCCAGUUCAUAAGCAAAGCGCAGGUUGUCGUUUGGGCGUCGCACCGCAUGAGUUCGUUACACGAGGCCACCUUCCUGCACCUCCAAGCAGUGUUUGGGAGUGAGGCCCUCAGCCUGUCCGCUUGGCUCCGGGCUCGGGUUUGA